CUUCCACAUCUUGCACAGCCGUUGCCGUACACAGAUCGUGCGGAAAGCGUCGUCCGUCGUAAACCGUCGUCGAGUGAGAGGUGGUGGUUGCGGUUGUUUCGCGGCAGAGUCUCAGCUGAGGAAAUCAAAAGAGUCCGCACGGAUCUUCUUUAGUCCGCUUUUGUCGUCCGGUUCGGUUCGGUGUUGAAGUAAAGGUACAGAGUGCGUGUGAAGAGCAUACCGAACGAGUAAUGUAGAAUACGUAGAGGAGGUUUCGAAGCUUUGUACCGUGCCCGUCCGCCCUCCAGGUUAGACGCAACCCGACGAUCGUGGCGAGAUCUCCCGUACACACCAGAGCACAGCUGUUGUGUUGUUGCUGAUGUUCGGUGGUGUGUGAGCGCGAGCGCGCGCACACAAGAUCGGACGUGCCUUCCGCUUAUUGCGUUGUGGUUGCUGUUGGUGGCGACUCCUAUUCUCCCCGCUUUUGCGGAAAGUUACUGUGCAGCAGUAGUGCAGCUGCAGUGGAGGAAGUGCUGAACCCUCGGGGGACACAUCCCCUAAAAAAACAGCCGACGGGAACACUGAGUGAAGUGUGUGGAGUGCUGGUUCCGAAAUAAUCCAGAGGUUCCCCAUUCGAGGUCCGAGGAACAGUCAGAAGACAGCGACGACGACAACAAACAUCACAUUAUCAACGGGGCGACACCGUGAGUGUCUGUGUCGAGUCGAGUGCAGCAGCCAUACAACGCUCCGUCCCCCGUGCUGGAAGAGAGUGAAUGUGAAAGUGGCAUAGUUGUGGCAAACAAACAAACAUAAAAUCCCAACGAAAAAGCUCGGUUCAGUUCUCCGCGUGAACCCAAUAGGCGCAACACGCCAAGGACACACACACGCGCGCGCGCGAAGGAGAGAAGGAAACGGGGGCCGGCCAGGCCGCCAGUGUGUGAUCAAGACGAGAAGAAGGACCUCGUAGCGAGUAGUGAGCGCAGUAGCAGCAGCAGCAAUCCGAGGACUGUGGUGUCUAUGGUGGUGGUGCAUCGUAGCUACCGUUGCCCGUUGUUGCUGUCGUAUGUCGAUCGCAGUGCACUUAGGUGACGCGAGUGUUAACAAGCCGUCGGUCGGUAAUUCCGGGCUGGUCGCAGCGGCCACAGUAGCAGCAGUAGCAGUAGUACCGUGGCCGAGCUGGAGCUAGCGAAACGAAGCGCAGUAGCUGCACGUGCGUGAGCGCGGACAUAUCCCACACGUGAGAGGGAAGGGUUUUUACCAGAUACGGACGAGGUUUAGCCGGUUCCUGGCCUAACCGAUUCCUGUCUAGUGCUACCAGAGCAAGAGAGAGCAAGAGAGAGCGAGAAGAAGCAGGACACGAAUGCGCUUUACGUUCCUGUUUGAUCUACUAUUCCAGGGGGCGGCCAACGGAGGGCACGCGAACGGGCAAUCAACCUCGAGCGCAGCGUCGUCCUCUGUGUCGACCGGCGGAAGUGGCACCAUGGUGAAAACGUUCCAAGCGUACCUACCGUCCACGAACCGAACCUACUCCUGUGUCCACUGCCGGGCACACCUAGCUAGUCACGAUGAGCUUAUAUCGAAAUCGUUCCAGGGCAGCCAGGGCCGGGCCUAUCUGUUUAACUCGGUCGUUAACGUGGCCUGUGGUCAGGCCGAGGAACGGGUACUGCUAACCGGGCUACAUGCCGUGGCCGAUAUCUACUGUGAAUGCUGCAAAACACCGCUCGGAUGGAAAUAUGAGCAUGCCUUUGAGUCGAGCCAGAAGUACAAGGAAGGCAAGUACAUCAUCGAGCUGGCCCACAUGAUCAAGGAGAAUGGCUGGGACUGAUUCGCGUCGCCUACACGGCGCACCAGAAGUGAUAGCAACAGUAGUAGCGGCGGCAGCUCAUCGGCAGCCACCAACUAACUGACUCAUCACCGACGUGCGCCGUGUGGCGACAACUUUCAGCAAACAAUCCAACAUUGACGUAGGCUAUGCGGAAGGAGCAGCAGUCUAUAGCUACCCUGCCAACCCGGGCGGUGUGGAGCGUGCGUGGAGUUGCAUCGAGUCGUAACGCCUCGCCGCGUACCACAACCAGAACCGGAUAUACUACCCCUGAUAGUUUCAUGUUCAUCGAAGGAGCAGUGUGUGUGUGUGUGUGUUAGUGUGGGAGGGGGGCGGAGGGCCUCUUGCGAGCGGCUGGCUGGUUCCGGUCUCAAAAGUGAGCCCCUUUCCCCAGAUUCUUCCCCCGUUAUCUCCGACACCAUUCACCAUUGUUCUGGGAAAACCGUGAUAAACCUCGCGAUUGGGCGAUCAUUCGGCCUAUCUCGAUUUGUCUGCUCAUCCCCCACACCCCCCCUCCCCCAACCAUUGUUUCAUGUGUGUUUUUACUGAUUCGCUCAAUUUUAUCAGAAGACCAAGCUUAAGAAUGAGGACAAUAGGGAGAGAGAGGGAGAGAGAGGGAGAGAGAGAGAGCGAAGGAGAGCGAAAAGUAGAGAUGAGAUUAAUUAUGCGUUUUUGUUUUUAUCAAAAAUUAUACACACAGUGUGGGAGUGAGAGACGGAGACCAUUCAGAGGUUUAGUUCAUGUUUCCAUUUUUGUUCCUUAACGGUUCCUUAGUUUAUUCCAACUGCCGCUUCUCCUUGGCCCUGGGACAACCACCAGGACAAGGAGUCCUGUAGAGGGGUAGAGCUUUCAUUUGAAGCUUUCGUGUAGCUUCACGUCCGAUGUUCGAUCACGAUGUCGAUUGGGUAGUUCGCAGUCCAAACGAAUAGGCAUUAGAUAAUUCCGGAAGUAGUAGCAAUCUAUGCAGUACGCACCGAGCGAAGGACGGGCACGCGUUAUGAAGCGUGCCCGUGCGAUCUAGAGUGUGAAAGCAUAUUUGUACGUGCAUGUUGGUGUGCAAAUGUUGUGUGUGUGUGUGUGUGUGGGUGUGUAUGUGAGCGCGCGCGCGAGAGUGAUAUUAGGAUUAGGAUGCAUACGGCCAAUGGAGUAGAAGGGGGGGGGGGGACUGUUGAAUGGAAUGCGAGAAAAUGGAAUUUUUAAGAAAAUUUAUCAAAACGAACUGGACACUCAAACAAAACACAAACAGAGGGCAAAACAAUACACAACUGAGAAGGUGACCGGCCGCCGUUGCGUAUCGCCGCGAAUGUCUCGUAUUCCGAAGCGCAAUCGGUAUGUUCGUAUUUUAAUCGAAUCAUACAUACAUACCCAAAAACAAAACAACAGACACACACAUACAAUUAAUACACUUGGAUUGUAAGGCGUUAGGACUUAGCCAGUAGAAUGCGUGGCGAAAAAUAGGCGAAAUUUGUGAAAAGAAUGGUGUGAUAUAUGCGUGUGUGUGUGUGUAUCAGUGCGUUCGAGUGUGUUUGAUGUAAUGUCUGGUGUGACGAAUGAAUGGGCAACUUGAGAGUGGAUGAAAGGAGGGAGGGGGAGACUGAUCGGAGAUAGUAAAAAUCAAAAACCUAAUUUCUCAAUCCAUACAUCCUAACGAGAUCGCCUGAACGGUUGAGUUUGCAACACGGAUCCCAAUGAUUCCUUUCGAUGGCGAGUGUGAUUCAAUAGAGACUAGAUUUUUUAACAAAAAAAAAACAACAUAAACCAGCGAGGCACAGAAACCAGGAGGUAGAAAAUGAGACAAAAAUACUAUCAUCGAUCCAUUCGCAUCGCAUGAAAUAUCGAAAAUGAAAACUAUAAACCGAAAUCCGCGAUUCAGCACACUCGUUCGCUUAACUGAAGCUCUGAGAUGAUCCUAUAGGAAUCAGAAUCUGUCCAUAGAAACCAGAUGUUAAGGGAUGAGACACAAACAAACGGAACUACUGCCCCUAACGUAAACAGUAAGCUCGAAGAGCUUAGGUAGUGAAUUCGACGGUUGCAUGCCUCAGAACUGCAUCCUAAACCAGACCCGAGUUGAACCAGCAGCAGCAGCAGCAGCAGUAGCACCAGAGAGUGUCGAGCAUGGAGGGACGAAACAUAAUGAAACUACUGCCAUACUGGAUUCAAAAGUAGCGUUAAUAGAGGCGGUAUCAUGCUCACGCUCUUUGCUGACGAUCUCUCGAUCAAUCCGCGCUCCUUGUGCGAUCGGAAACAACUAAUAGCGAUACAUCCGUAGAAGCAUUGGACCAUUGGAAUUGGAUGCCCCAAAAUGCAGAUUUGACACUGUCACUAUUACUUAACUCCUGUAUAUCCUUCGAAAGCUAUUUUGCGUUCUAACUGGCGCGUCCGAACCAUCAACGGAUGGGUAUUUGGGCGUGAAAAUUCCCAGAGACAAUUCCCAUACUAUUUUCUACGAUCUCCCGGUUUUGAGGUUUGUUGAGGGCUUGCAAGAUGCGAACUAGAGUUCGGUAGAGUGUGAUUUGUCUAAAUUGUGAUCGUGAACAUGUGAAAAAGAAUGAUAGGAAUGCGUGUUGUGAUUGUACGUGGCUGUAUGUGAGUGAAAACAUGACUACUGUCGGGACAGUGUGUGCGAUAAGAGAGACAGAGAGAUAGACAGCGAGAGAGUUACGUACUCCGAGGCUAGCGAGGAAAGUGCAGCAAAGCCAAUGCAAUUAUUUUUCAUUCUAUUCUCUAACGCUAACCCCGACAACGAGCUGAACAUAAACCAAUUCGAACAAACAUUUCGGAACAAAACUUAAGUUUAAAAAGAAGAGCAAACAGCAGAAGUCUGCUGUCGAUCCUCGAUUCGCAGCGAUAUGCUGGCCAGUUUGUUCUUUCAACGUCCUGCAGAGCAACAGGCCAGCACACCAACGAACUAAACCUUAUGCGUGUCCGCGUGUCGUCAUGAAUUGUAUCGUGAAAUUGAUGUGUUUUGCUCGAUGUUUAUUUCGGUUUUCGUUUCCGAUGGAGGGCAGAUCGUAUGAUCGUUCAUCAUCGAAUUUGAAGCAAGGAGGAAUCAAGGUAACUACUAAUGAUCCCCAUUUUCCCACCCGAAACAUUUACGUAGCAUAGUUUAGCAUGGUUGUAUGCGUCGGAAAGACACGGCAAAGGGCCAAACAAACGGCUCGGUGUGUGUCUCUGUGUUAUGUUAGGUAUGUUUCCUUGUCGGUUUCAUUCGCAUUGUGUUUUCUUGUGCUCCUGUGCUGUGUAAAGGAGCAUAAGCGAACGACGAUCGAGCGGGACGAUCUUGUGGGAGUUCGAGAUGGCAAGUAGAGAUGAAGAAGGAGAGCAGAAACUUUAAAAGUGAUCGAAACUAUACGCUAAAGAACAAGUAACUAGAGGUAAACUAAUCAAAUCGCAAACGAAGAAAAAAAGAAUGAAAAAGAAAACAAAAAAAAUGAAAUGAUAAAAAAUACAGAAUAAUUACUUUAUACACCGCGUAGGAUGUAAGAGAUAUAUACAAACGAGGUAAUUACUAGAUAAUGUUGAUACUGCGAAGCAAAACGUAUGAAGGAAAACUAUUCAAAAGCACUACAAAAAAAAAUUAUAAAACUUAUCGAAUAAAAUCUUAACUGUUUCAGUA